AUGGAUGUUAAUCAACCUGAUAUUAUCGUUCCUUCACAACCUUUAUUUCCACCACCAGUUACUCAAGAUCAACUAGAGACCUAUAAUAUUCGUACUAAUGGGAAACUUCCAAAAUUACCAACAGCUUUUCUGAUUUAUAAAAUAGCAUAUCGCCAGCGACUUAUUGCUGACAAUAACCUUCCACCAGCAAAUGUAUUCUCACAUAUGGCAAGUCUUUCUUACGAAAGAGAACCUAGACAC